AUGGACACUUUGUUCAGCAAUCUCAACACCAAGUAUGAUGCUGUUGCCACUCAUGUGAAGAAACUAGAGACUCAAGUCACUCAAACUAUGGAAGCUGUUAAGAGACAGGAAGCUGAAUCCAAGAAGUCCUUUUGCAACUCAGCCGCCAUAGAAGAAAGAUUUGAAGACCAAGUUCCAGAAUGGAUGCUUUCAAAACCUACUGUUGAUUGCAUGAUUUGGCCUGAAGAGAAUUACCCAGAGAGAGAGUCCAAUCGAGCUAGAAAGAGAAGACUCUUCCCAAAGAUUAUCCCCAAGACAGAUAACUCAGGAAAGUUUGUGUGCCUUGUAUCAUCAAAGAUUGUGGAAAUGAGAGAGAGUAGCCAUAGACCUCUCAUAUUUGGAACCCCUUUCCUGUCUACUGUGGGUGCCAUAUUUGAUUUCCCCAAUCAAAGAAUCUCUUUCAACAAGGUGAACAAGGGUAUGUUCUUCCCUAUGUGUUCAACAAAGAACUCUUUUGUUGACAUGGUCCAAGAGGAGAAAGCUACUUUGAAGCCACCCCAAGAAGGAGAAACUGAAGAAACAAUCAAGGAAGAUCCCAUUCCUAAGCCCAAGCAGCUUGCCAAACAAGCAAGGAGUAAGACUAAGGCCCCUACACCAAAACCGCCCAAGGGAUCAACCAAGAUUGAAGAUGAGGCCAAGCCAAGAAGGAAGGUUAGAAAGCCUAGGUCUGGCCGCAACAUGAAGCUUCUAUUCCCAAAGGAGCUUAUUGAUGAGAAUCUAGAAGGAUUCAAGGAGAAAGUGACAAGAACUCUAAAGCUUUUUCCUAAGGCAGUAGUGCCAAGGGACAUUCAUGGAGAGAUUGUCUAUCCAGCUGUGAAUCACCCACCAGAUACUCAUUGCAAGGAGAAAAGACUUGGAGGAUCAAGCCUUACAGUCAAGCUAAAGACUUAA